AUGGGAUCCCUCGACACCUCCUCGCCCAGCCUGAUCACCGGCAUCGCGCACAUCAACCUCACAGUCCCCCAAGACACCCUCCACCUGGCGACCGAAUUCUACGGCACAACCAUUGGUCUGUCCCAACGCGCCGUGCCGCACCUCCAGAAGGGCCAGCUCGCGUGGUUCGACAUCGCCGACUCGGGCCAGCAGGUGCACAUUGCCUUCGGCGAGCCCAGCGACUUUGAAAAGCCGAGCAGGCGACACCCGUGCUUCAAGCUGGGUAGCCCCGCGGCGCUGCUCGAGUUGCAAAGGAGGAUCUGGGCGCAUCUCGAGAGGGGUGGGGAUGCCGCGCCCCGGGAGGCGGAUAGGCCUGGGGGUGUGAACUCUGGUGAGUACCCUACGUUUUGGUGGUUUGCCCUUGCGCUUGCCCUUUCCUAUACCUAUGCCGACGUCCCUUGUGUCUUCGUUCCCUUCCUUGUGCGGCGCAUUGCGGUGUGGAGUGGUGCGCGGUUGGCGGAAGAAGGGAGACGAUUUAAUUUUGAUUUUGAACACUCGAUCCAUCAAGUCUCAUGCUGGGCCGAGGAUAGGGCUAACUGUUUCGUUUCAUCUCUCCCUCCAGGCGCACAGGGCGUGGAAUACCCGGAGCGGUUCUUCGCGCGGGACUACGCGGGCAACAGGCUCGAGUUUAGCCUUUGA